AUGGCAGCAAGUCUGAACUCGAAAUUGCCGAUUGUGCAAACGAGAGGUUCGCCAGCUGGGACGGAGGCUUUCGAGCAAGCACGCAAGAAGCUGGUUGAUGAACUCGGUGACUCCAUACCCAAAGACUAUCACUUACCAAAGACAACGAUCGAUCAAUUCAGGGAAAAGGACAAGCCUACUGAUGUCACUGGCAUUCCCGCAACGAGCGGAAUUCUGACUGAAAAAGAGCUUAGUAUCACAGAGGACUACGAUGCCACCAGCCUGGCCUCUGCGAUUGCAAACAAAAAGUUGACUGCCGUGGAAGUGGCGAAAGCCUUUUGUAAACGUGCAGCUAUUGCCCAUCAACUUACCUGCUGCUUGACCGAGUACUUCCAGGAUGAGGCCAUUGAAAGAGCCAAACAGCUGGACGAAUAUCUAGCAACUCAUGGAAAGACUAUUGGUCCCCUCCACGGUGUUCCUGUCAGUGUGAAAGAGCACAUGGCGCUCGCUGGACACUACUCGGCAUGGGGAUACCUCUCUUCUCGAGUGAAGAGUGAAAAGGACUCUCUGAUGGUCCAAAUACUUCGGGAUGCAGGGGCAAUAUUCUACGUCAAAACGAAUCAGCCACAGUCAAUCAUGCACUUGGAGACUGAUUCCUGGUGGGGCCGGACCAACAACCCGCACAACAUCAAUCUAUCAGCUGGCGGUUCUACCGGUGGCGAAUCUGCUCUCAUCGCUAUGAACGCUUCGGUCCUCGGCCUUGGAACUGACAUUGGGGGCUCUGUACGAGGACCCUCAGCAUUCUGCGGUAUCGUUGGCUUCAAGCCUACAUCAUACACUCUCACCAUGAAGGACUUUAUACCAGCUGGCUUUCCUGCUGAGCUGAACGUUUUGUGCUCUACUGGGCCAAUGUGUCGCACUUUCAGGGAUGCCGAUCUCUUCAUGCAGGUUCUCGUGGGUGCCAAACAAUACCUGCACGACCCUCGCAUUGUUCCUAUUCCGUGGACAGGUCUUAAAACCCCAAUGGCGAAGCCUUUGAAGAUUGGUGUUAUGCUUGAUGAUGGAGUCAUCACACCCCAGCCGCCCGUGCUGAAGGCUCUGCAUUGGGCGCAACGGCAGCUGGCUAAUAACGCAAACUUUGUUCUCAAGCCUUUCAAGCCAUAUAGAGCGGACGAGGCCAUGCGUCUCAUUGGACAAAUGUACUGGCCAGACGUGGGCCUCAACUCGAAGAAAGCUCUCGCUGCAAGUGGCGAGCCGAUGUUUGCGCUUACCAAAGUUGUCCUGUCGCCAGUGACUUCAGACUUUGAGAAUCCGGACGGUCCAGAGAAGGAGAAGACUGCCACUGAGAUCACACAAAUGCGCCUUGACCGCGAUGAGUAUCGAGCAGCUUUCAUUGAGCAUUGGGAAUCUCAGGAUGUUGACUUCGUCAUCGCUCCAUGUUUCGUCGGACCAGCAUCUAAGCACGAUACGGCUUUCUACUGGAACUACACAGCGCUCUGGAACUUUGUCGACUAUCCAGGCAUUGUUCUACCAACGCCGAUCAAGGUUGAAUAUGCUGCAGACUACAAGCCGCUUAGCGAGAAAUGUCAACAUGUCAAAGAAAUGUGGGAUCAAGGAGGUUUCGAGAAUGCGCCCAUCAACAUCCAAGUCGUUGCUCGGAGAUUCCAUGACAAUCAGCUUUUUGGUGCUGUGGAGGAGUUGCAGCCCUAUUUGCAGUUCAAGUGA